AUGGACAGAACGUUCGCUUCGACGUCACAAACAAAUGAUGAUGGUUUGCGGGCGUCUUACAAUAUCUCGUUACUUAUAGCAAAAUCCGGAAAACCGCAUACUAUCGGAGAGAAGUUAAUUUUGCCAGCCGUUGAAGAGGUUUUAAAAACUGUUUUACACAAACCUGCAUCUGAUAUCAUUAAAAGAAUUCCCUUAAGCAACAAUACUGUUGAAAGACGUAUUGAUGAAAUGAGUUCUGAUAUUGAAAGCUUCUUAUGUAAUUAUUUGCAAACUACCCAUUUCUCUAUACAACUGGACGAGUCAACUUUACCUGAUAAUGCAGCAUUAUUAUUGGCAUAUAUUCAACUGCUCUUCGCAAGAACUUUGAUAACCGACACUAAGGGUGAAUCAAUAUUUCAUGUUUUGAAGGAUUACUUCAUUGAAAAAGCAAUUCCUUUAUCAAAUAUAAUAUCAGUAGCUACAGAUGGAGCACCUGCCAUGGUUGGACGUUAUCGUGGAUUUAUAAGCUAUUUAAAACAAAAUGUGUCAGGGGUGUUAGCAAUACAUUGCGUCAUCCAUCGACAACAUUUAGUUGCUAAAAAGUUGAGUGUUAGAUUGCAUGAAUCACUUCAUUUAGUCAUUGAUGCAGUAAACCGAAUCCGAAGCAACGCGUUGAAUAUAUUUGCGCAGUUGUGCAAAGAAGAUGACGAACACUUUCAUCAAUUACUCCUUCACACUGAAGUACGCUGGCUGUCGGAAGGCUUAUGUUUGACAAGAUUUUUUGCACUUUUUGAGACUAUUUUAGAAUUUCUGGAUACUAAAGAUAAAAUUUUAAAAGAAAAUUUAAUGAUGAAGAAAACAGACAUCGCCUAUUUAACAGAUUUGUUUACAAAAUUUAAUAUGGUUAAUUUGCAAUUAUAA